AGUAUGGCUGAAGAGCUGAAGCUAGCCUGUCCAUCCCUAGCAGGUUUCAAUCCCGCCUUCUUCCUUAAGAACAAUUUUUUGGAGCAGGAAUCCGCAACCAGGAACAGAGCCCUUUGCUCCUCCCUCAGAAUGAAUGGAGACCAGAAAUCAGAUGUUUAUGCCCAAGAAAAGCAGGAUUUCGUUCAGCACUUCUCCCAGAUCGUUAGGGUGCUGACUGAGGAUGAGAUGGGGCACCCAGAGACAGGAGAUGCUCUUGCCCAGCUCAAGGAGGUCCUGGAGUAUAACGCCAUUGGAGGCAAGUAUCACCGGGGUUUGACGGUGCUAGUAGCAUUCCGGGAGCUGGCGGAGCCAAGGAAACAGGAUGCUGAUAGUCUCCAGCGGGCCCUGACUGUGGGCUGGUGUGUGGAACUGCUGCAAGCUUUCUUCCUGGUGACAGAUGACAUCAUGGAUUCAUCCCUCACCCACCGGGGACAGAUCUGCUGGUAUCAGAAGCCAGGUGUGGGUCUGGAUGCCAUCAAUGACGCUGUCCUUCUGGAAGCAUGUGUCUACCGCCCGCUGAAGCUCUACUGCCGGGAGCAGCCCUAUUACCUGAACCUGAUUGAGCUCUUCCUGCAGAAUUCCUAUCAGACUGAGAUUGGGCAGACCCUGGACCUCAUCACAGCCCCUCAGGACAAUGUGGAUCUCGACAGAUUCACUGAAAAGAGGUACAAAUCCAUUGUCAAGUACAAGACGGCUUUCUACUCCUUUUACCUUCCUGUAGCUGCAGCCAUGUACAUGGCAGGAAUUGAUGGCGAGAAGGAGCAUGCCAAUGCCAAGAAGAUCCUGCUGGAGAUGGGAGAGUUCUUUCAGAUUCAGGAUGAUUACCUUGACCUCUUUGGGGACCCUAGUGUGACUGGCAAAGUUGGCACUGACAUCCAGGACAACAAAUGCAGCUGGCUGGUGGUCCAGUGUCUGCAAUGGUCCACUCCGGAACAGCGCCAGAUCCUGAAGGAAAAUUACGGGCAGAAGGAGGCUGAGAAGGUGGCCAGGGUGAAGGCAUUAUAUGAGGAGCUGGAUCUGCCGGCUGUGUUCUCGAAGUAUGAGGAAGACAGUUACAACCACAUUAUGGCUCUGAUUGAACAGUACGCAGCACCCCUGCCCCCAGCUAUCUUUCUGGGGCUUGCGCGCAAAAUCUACAAGCGGAAAAAGUGACCUAGAGACUGCAAGGGCGGAGAGGAGGCUCUCAAUAAAUAAAUUAUUGUGUAAAAAAAAAAAAAAAAAGAAAAAGAACA